GAUACGACAACAUGCGAGAAAAUUGGACGCUGCGCGCACCUGUGCGUUAAGUGGCUGAGACAAGCCUCCGUGCCGGUGCAGCCUCCGCGCUCGUCCAUACCCUCAAAGUUGCCGGUGAGAGUUUGAUUUCCUGCAGUCGCAAUCUGCGACUGAGCUGCAGGCGGCGCUCCCGAUCCGGAAGUAGCGCCGCUGACGAGACACGCUGCGGAUGGCCCACAUUUGACUGCCAAUCAAGAGACUGAGCUGCAGGUGGCGCUCUCGAUCCGGAAGUAGAGCGGCUGGCGAGCAACACUGCGCAUGCCCCGCAGUUGACUUUAAAACAAACAACGCCACCGCAUUUUUGGAAUAAGAAACGCAUUGCUGUUUUCGGACUUGGACGAAAGGGACUCCUCUGGAAUUUCCUCCGGAAUGAAACCUUCGAGCCCUGUUACAGAGUGCUUUACCGUUCAGCCGCCCCGGCGUGCGUAAUGUGAGCGACUAUCGCGCACCAGGGAAAUUCUGAGGAGUUUUUGUCGUCUUUCUGGUCUGAGGCAGCAAUCGCAAGUCUUAUUCCGAAUAGGUGGGCUAGCAGGGGGGGCUUGUUUGUCGGUGAGGCGCACCGGCGGCGACGGGACAGCAUGUGGGCACCCGCGUGACCCCCAGCCUCGUGUUUUUUUUCGUUCUCUUUCCUGAGACGUCGGCGACGGCGACACGAGGCCCGCGGCAGCCUUACGUCUUAACCUAAUUUCAUGGUCUGCGGGUCUGGAUGGAUGACUCCGCCGCCGCCGUUUGUACGAUGAGGGGAGCGAGCGAAAGAGAGCGAGAGAAAGCGACCGCCAUGACUGUGUGCAGGUCUCAGGAGAGAGAAUGUUCUUUGACUUUCACACCGAACACCUCAAGCUCUCAAACUCCCGGGAAGGCUGCUUGAGAACUGAAAGGCUGUGACUCCGUUCCCUGCAUCUGAGAAAUCAGAGCGGACUGACUCACGGGGCUCUGUGAGCCAGCGCCACCGAGGCUGCCAAAGCAUGCUGGUGCCAAGCUGUCCCACCGAGCGCCGCGCCAGGCCCGCGCUGAUGCUCGUCGCCCUGGGUCUGCUCGUCCACCUCGCCGACACCCAAACGCCGCCAAAGUUUUUACGGACGCCCAACGACCAAACGGGCGUGCAGGGCGGCGUGGCCUCCUUCAUCUGCCAGGCCACGGGCGACCCCCGGCCCAAGAUCGUGUGGAACAAGAAAGGGAAGAAAGUGAGCAACCAGCGAUUCGAGGUAGUGAUCGAGUUCGACGACGGCUCCGGAUCGGUCUUGCGUAUCCAGCCGCUGCGCACCCCGCGCGACGAGGCCAUAUACGAAUGCGUGGCCUCCAAUAGCGUCGGAGAGACCAGCGCCACCACCCGGCUCACCGUUUUACGGGAGGACCAGCUACCGGCUGGUUUCCCCACCAUCGAUAUGGGCCCGCAGCUCAAAGUGGUGGAGCGAACUCGCACCGCCACGAUGCUCUGCGCCGCCAGUGGCAACCCGGACCCGGAUAUCUCCUGGUUUAAAGACUUCCUCCCAGUCAAUACGACCAAUAACAACGGGCGCAUUAAACAGCUCCGAUCAGGAGCCCUGCAGAUCGAGCAGAGCGAGGAGUCGGACCAGGGAAAGUACGAGUGCGUGGCCACCAACAACGACGGGACGCGCUACUCGGCGCCGGCCAACCUUUACGUCCGAGUGCGCCGGGUGCCCCCCCGCUUCUCCAUCCCGCCCACGGACAACGAGAUCAUGCCGGGCGGCAGCGUCAACAUCACGUGCGUGGCGGUGGGCUCGCCCAUGCCCUACGUCAAGUGGAUGCUGGGCGCCGAGGACCUGACGCCCGAAGACGACAUGCCCAUCGGGCGCAACGUCCUGGAGCUGACCGACGUGCGCCAGUCGGCCAACUACACGUGCGUGGCCAUGUCCACGCUGGGUGUCAUCGAAGCCGUGGCGCAGAUCACCGUCAAAGCGUUGCCCAGGACUCCGGGCGUCCCGGUAGUGACCGAGCGCACCGCCACUAGCAUCACGCUGACGUGGGACUCCGGCAAUCCCGAACCGGUGUCGUACUACAUCAUCCAGCACAAAUCCAAGUACUCUGAGGACUCGUACAAGGAGAUCGACGGCGUGGCCACCACGCGCUACAGCGUGGGCGGCCUCAGCCCCUACUCGGACUACGAGUUCCGCGUGGUGGCCGUCAACAACAUCGGCAGGGGCCCGCCCAGCGACGGCGUGGAGGCCAAGACGGCCGAGCAGGCGCCCAGCACGGCGCCGCGCCGCGUCCGGGGGCAAAUGCUCAGCACCACCACGGCCGUGAUCAACUGGGAAGAACCGGAGGAAGCCAACGGGCAGAUUAUGGGCUACAGAGUCUACUACACCCUGGAUUCCGGCCAGCACGUCAACCUGUGGGAGAAGCAGAUCGUCCGGGGGGCCAACUUUGUCACCAUCCAAGGCCUCAUCCCCAAUAAAACCUACUACAUCAAGGUGCUGGCCUUCACCUCGGUGGGCGACGGACCUCUUUCUCCAGAUCUCCAGAUCAUCGCGAAGACGGGAGUUCCUUCCCAGCCGACGGACUUCAAGGGCGAGGCCAAGUCGGAAACCAGCAUCCUGUUGUCGUGGGUGGCGCCGGUCCAGACGGGGCAGGAAAACCAAAUCACGGGAUACGAGCUCUUGUACAGAAAGAGGGAUGACAAAGACGAGAGGCGAAUCAGCUUCGAGCCCACCUCGACGUACCUAAUGAAGGACCUCAAGCCCUUCACCACGUACGCAUUCCGCCUGGCGGCCCGGAGCAAGCACGGCGUGGGCGCGUACACCAGCGAGAUCUCCGCGGAGACCCCGCAAACACAACCCUCCGGCCCGCCCACGGAAGUCCGGUGUUCGAGUCCCACCUCCACGAGCGUCCUGGUGAGCUGGCGGGCGCCGGCGACGGAGUCGCAGAACGGGAUCAUAACGCGCUACAGCGUCCAGUACGCCGCCACCGAGGGGGAGGACACGGCCCCGCGGCGCGUCGCCGACAUCCCCCCGGAGAGCUCGCGCUACCUUUUGGAACGCUUGGAAAAAUGGACGGAGUACCGCGUGACGGUCACCGCGCACACGGACGCCGGGGCGGGACCGCAAAGUGCGCCGCAACUCGUCCGCACAGAGGAGGAUGUUCCUAGCGGGCCACCUCGCAAAGUCGAGGUGGAAGCUGUCAACUCGUCGUCAAUUAAAGUCAUCUGGCGCUCGCCGAUGCCCACCAAGCAGCACGGGCAGAUCCGGGGGUACCAGGUGCACUAUGUCAGGAUGCUUAAUGGGGAGCCGACGGGACAGCCCGUCAUCAAGGAUAUCCUGAUUGAUGAUGCCCAGUGGGAAUAUGAUGAUUCAACCGAUCAUGAAAUGGUCGUCUCGGAGUUGCAGGCCGAGACCACGUACGCCGUCACUGUGGCCGCCUACACCACAAAGGGCGACGGCGCACGCAGCAAGCCGAAACUGGUGACAACCACCGGCGCAGUUCCUGAUAAACCCCGCCUCAUGGUCAGUACCACCAACAUGGGCACGGCUCUCCUCCAGUGGCAUCCCCCGGCAAUCAGCCACGGGCCUCUGCAAGGCUACCGCCUUCGUUUCGGCCGCAAAGACCUGGAACCGUUGACCGUCAUCGAGUUCCCGGAGCGGGAUAACCACUACACUACCCGAGAGAUCCACAAGGGCGCCUCGUACACGUUCCGGCUUUCGGCGCGCAACAAGGUGGGCUUCGGCGAGGAGACGGUCAAGGAGGUUACCACCAACGAGGACUUGCCGAGCGGUUACCCUCAGUGGAUCACGGCCGACGCCGCCACCACGUCCACCAUCCAGGUCAGCUGGCAAGAGCUGGUCCUGGCCGAGCGAAACGGACACAUCAUCAAGUACGCGCUACAGUACAAGGACAUCAACAGCCCGCGGAGUCCCUCAGAACUCUUCAUCACCGCCCCCGAAUCCACGGUGGUCUUGGACGGCCUUAAGGCAGACACCACUUACGAUAUUAAAAUGUGCGCCUUCACCAGCAAGGGUUCUGGUCCCUAUAGCCCAAGUGUCCAAAUCAGGACACAGCCUUUGGAUCAAGCAGUGUUUGCAAAAAAUUUCCACGUGAGCGCUGCCAUGAAGACGUCCGUGCUGCUUACGUGGGAGAUUCCCGACACCUACAACGCCGCUCAGCCUUUCACGAUCCUGUACGACGACGGACAAAGCGUGGAGGUGGACGGCAAGCUGACGCAGAAGCUGAUCACGGGCCUCCAGCCAGAGACGCAGUACUCCUUCCUGCUGACCAACCGCGGCAACAGCGCCGGCGGUCUGCAGCACCGCGUGGCUACCAUGACGGCGCCGGACAUCCUCCGCACCAAGCCCUUCCUGAUCGGCAAGACCAACUCGGACGGCGUGGUGACGGUGGAGCUCCCUUCGGUGCAGACGUCAGAAAAAGUGCGGGCCUAUUACAUCGUUGUGGUGCCGCUCAAGAAGCAGCGCGGCGGCAAGUUGGUCAAACCCUGGGACAAUCCCGACGAGAUGAAUUUAGAGGAGCUGCUGAAGGAGAUAAACCGCACGAGCGGAGCCCUCCGGCUCCGCAGGCAGGCGGAGCCCAAGGCGUACAUUGCCGCCUACUUCCGAGACCUGCCCAAAGACUUCGCGCUGGGCGACGGCAAGUUCUACGGCGACUUUGAAAACAAGCGACUGCAAAGCGCCCAGGAGUACGUCGUCUUUGUGCUCGCCGCCGUGGAAAUGGCUGACAACAUCAUGUACGCCACCAGCCCGUACUCCGACCUGGUGGUGUCGGCCGACAUCGACCCCCAGCCGAUCAUCGACGAGGAGGAGGGUCUCAUCUGGGUGGUGGGGCCCGUCCUCGCCGUCGUCUUCAUCAUAUGCAUCGUCAUCGCCAUCCUGCUGUACAAGAGGAAAAGGGCCGAAUCCGAAGCCAGGAAAGGCAGCCUCCCCAACGGCAAGGAGAUGCCCUUGCAUCAUCCCACCGACCCCGUCGAGCUUCGCCGCCUCAACUUCCAGACGCCCGGUACGCGCUCGUCCGGUCACCCAAGUAGCCUCCAUUUGUCAAGUAUGGCGAGCCACCCUCCAAUCCCGGUCAUGGACCUUGCGGAGCAUCUGGACCACUUAAAGGCCAAUGACAACCUCAAGUUUUCCCAGGAGUACGAGUCCAUCGACCCCGGGCAGCAGUUUACCUGGGAGCACUCCAACCUGGAGGUGAACAAACCAAAGAACAGAUACGCCAACGUGAUCGCCUACGACCACUCGCGAGUCUUGCUCUCCGCCAUCGACGGCAUCCCUGGGAGCGACUACAUCAAUGCCAACUACGUGGACGGCUACAGGAAGCAGAAUGCCUACAUCGCCACGCAGGGCGCCCUCCCCGAGACGUUUGGAGAGUUCUGGCGGAUGAUCUGGGAGCAGCGGAGCGCCAUCGUCGUCAUGAUGACCAAAUUGGAGGAGCGAUCGAGGGUAAAAUGUGACCAGUACUGGCCCACCAGAGCGACAGAGACAUACGGCCUCAUUCAAGUGACUCUGCUGGACACGGUGGAGUUGGCCACGUACUGCGUCAGGACAUUUGCACUUUUUAAAAACGGCUCCAGCGAGAAGCGGGAGGUGAGGCAGUUCCAGUUCACGGCCUGGCCGGACCACGGGGUGCCGGAACACCCCACGCCGUUCCUGGCCUUCCUGAGACGGGUAAAGGCGUGCAACCCUCCGGACGCGGGGCCGAUGGUGGUGCACUGCAGCGCCGGCGUGGGUCGCACAGGUUGCUUUAUUGUGAUCGACGCCAUGCUGGAGCGCAUCAAGCACGAGAAGACUGUGGACAUCUACGGCCACGUGACGCUGAUGCGUGCCCAACGCAACUACAUGGUGCAGACGGAAGACCAGUACGUCUUCAUCCAUGACGCGCUACAGGAGGCCGUCAACUGCGGGACCACCGAAGUGCCCGCCCGAAACCUCUACGCUUACAUUCAGAAACUGACGCAGAUAGAAGCUGCGGAGAAUGUCACUGGCAUGGAACUUGAGUUCAAGCGCUUAGCCAACACGAAAGCCCAUACGUCGCGAUUCAUCAGUGCCAAUCUCCCCUGCAACAAGUUCAAGAACCGCCUUGUAAACAUCAUGCCAUACGAGUCCACGCGCGUGUGCCUCCAGCCCAUUCGCGGGGUGGAGGGGUCCGACUACAUCAAUGCAAGUUUCAUCGACGGCUACAGGCAACAGAAGGCCUACAUUGCCACGCAGGGACCGCUGGCAGAAACCACAGAGGACUUCUGGAGAAUGCUCUGGGAGCACAACUCUACAAUUGUCGUUAUGUUAACCAAGCUUCGAGAAAUGGGCAGGGAAAAAUGCCAUCAGUACUGGCCCGCGGAGAGGUCAGCCAGAUACCAGUACUUCGUGGUGGACCCCAUGGCCGAGUACAACAUGCCCCAGUACAUCCUUCGGGAGUUCAAAGUGACGGAUGCCAGGGACGGACAGUCCCGAACGGUGCGACAAUUCCAGUUCACGGACUGGCCCGAGCAAGGAGUGCCGAAAUCCGGGGAGGGCUUCAUCGAUUUCAUCGGUCAGGUGCAUAAAACGAAAGAACAGUUUGGACAAGACGGGCCCAUCUCAGUCCACUGUAGCGCCGGCGUGGGUCGGACCGGCGUCUUCAUCACCCUCAGCAUUGCCUUGGAGCGGAUGAGGUACGAGGGCGUCGUCGACGUCUUUCAGACCGUCAAGAUGUUGCGGACGCAGAGACCCGCCAUGGUGCAGACAGAGGAUCAAUACCAGUUCUGCUACAGGGCAGGAUUAGAGUACCUGGGAAGCUUUGAUCACUAUGCAACGUAAAAGGACUCAGCAUCGGAGGGAAACGCCGAAAGGAAAGGGGGAGAAAAAAAAAAAAAACACCCAGUUGCGCCUCUCUUCUGAGCCAUAAUUUACUGCUUGAGAACGUACAAACUCCUUGCGAACAACUCAUUAAGUGUUGGAUGUGCGACAUGAACCCGUCCAGAGAAUAAUGAAAAAAAAAUAAUAAUGAUAAUGAUAAUUCCCCGGAGGACCAAUUAUUUCCCCAAUCCAAGUAUAAAACUGGCCUUGUCACCAAGUGACGGGAUCCGGACCACUGAAGCACCUCGCCGGAGUUUUUUUUUUUUUUUUUUGCUUCGAGGAUUUACUUGGGAGCAAACGAGCCCGGCCCGGAAUGUGACUCGGACCCGGUUGAACGAGUUACGAGAGGCAUCGGAGUGACGCAAGGGGGGGAGGGGGGGGACACUGUAAAGAAAAAGACAUCGCAAUCGCACCCAUCGGUUAAAAAAAAAAAACAAAACUGAUGCGACUCGGACGGACGCUGAUGUUCAAGUAACCGCCGCCGCCGCCCGCUCCCCCCACCACCACCCCGUCAAUGUU